UUUAUCCGGCAAAUAUAAAAAUAAAAGUGUCUCAAAAGGUCUCGGAGACGCAAAUCCCACCUCCUCUCGUUUUGCCUUCCGCCGAGGCCUCCCCGUGUUUAGGGUCGUCUCUGUGUCGGUGCUUCCCGCCGGCGAACUUACAUAGUUGACCGUUCUGAUCGUACAAAUACAAUACGACAAUUCCCUCUUUCCUGAUUAUUCUACCGACAGAUGGUAGAGGUGUAUGCACAUAUAUACGUAUGCUUAUAGAGGGGGGGAGGCAUUUUUCUAGAGCGGUCGAUUGUUCAACCCGUGCAAGAUCGUAGCUUCUUGCUCUUUGAGGCUCAAUUCAUUUGGGUUUUUCCAGUUUUUGGAAUAUUCUCUGCUGAGCCGGAGAAAAUACUGGUGGGUUCAUUGAUUUCUUGAGUGCUUCCCUGCAUGCAUUGCUGUAGAUUUAUUCACUUAGUUUUUUUCUUUUUCUGAGGAACGUAAUUUGGUUUUUUGUUGGGUAAGAAAAGGAAAGUCGAUCGAUGUUCUAUAGUUGAUCGAAUUGGGGUUCUUUAUAGUCUUGGUUCUUCUGGUAAGGCUUCAUUUUUAUGGUUAUGCUAACUUGAAGCUAAGUUUUUAUUUUUUCAAUUUUUUGCUCCUGUUUGAUCUGUGGUAUUUUGUUUACCCCUUGUUGUUCUCGCUCUGAUGGUAGUGUAUAGGAAUUCUUUUCUUAAGUUGGUUUAAAAUGUUGACAUUAUUUGUACUUGAGAAUAUAUGCUUCUAGUAUUGUGCUAAAAUAUAAUUCUCUACGGCUGUUUGUUUCAGAGUUGUGGGUGCUUGAUUUGUAGAUCACUCCUGAACCUUUUCACAUUGGAUUGGUCCAUUCUCAUCGAGUAUGAGAUCAAUUGUUCGCUCUGUUCAACAAUUUCGAUCGGCUUUUUGGAACAGAGGAGAAAAUAUCUUAAGUGGAUUAGCAAGAAGCCGAAAUUAUUCGUUAUCUUCUAGUGUUGGGUCUGUUUACAAACUCACGUACAAUGUUGAAAUUGGUAGAUAUGAACAUCCCUCUUAUAUGAUCUCAAGAGCCCUGUCUGUUGAUGCUUCUGAAUUAACCAAUGGAGCAGAAGCAAGGAGAGCAGGGCCUCUGGUUGAGUAUGAGCGUAGAAUUGCUGCAGGGGAACUCGUGGAUGGGGAUAAUUCUCAGGUAGGCACCUUAAGGGAGCUUCAGAGGCUUUAUGAUGAACUUGUUGAGUCAGCUGAAGCAUGCCGGUUAGAUCGAUAUGCUGCUUCUCAGAAAGCUAGCAGGAGGAGGUGGUUGUGGUCCCGUUUGAUUCCUCAGCCUUUGUACUCACCUGUGAAGGGACUCUAUCUCUAUGGAGGAGUAGGAACAGGAAAAACUAUGCUGAUGGACUUGUUUUUCAAUGAGUUGCCCAGCAGCUGGAGGAAAAAGAGGAUUCAUUUUCAUGACUUCAUGCUGGAUGUCCAUAGUCGAUUGCGGAAGCACCAGGGUGUGGAGGAUCCCCUUGAAGUUGUUGCAGCAGAGAUAGCCGAUGAAUCAAUUUUAUUAUGCCUUGAUGAAUUUAUGGUGACUGAUGUUGCUGAUGCAUUGAUACUAAACCGUUUGUUUGGACAUUUAUUCAGUAACAGCAUAAUUCUUGUUGCCACUUCAAAUCGUGCUCCAGACAACCUUUAUGAAGGUGGAUUGCAGAGAGAUCUUUUUCUGCCAUUCAUUUCCACUUUGAAGGAAAGAUGUGUAGUUCAUGAGAUCGGAUCAUCAAUAGACUACCGUAAAAUGACAUCGGCUGAACAAGGUUACUACUUUGUCGGAAAAGAGUUAUCUGGCCUUCUCAAGGAAAAGUUUCAAGAGCUACUAAGGGAACACACAGCCCACCCACAGCAGGUGGAAGUUGUUAUGGGGAGGACACUGCAGGUUCCAUUGGGUGCUAAUGGAUGUGCAUAUUUUCCUUUCGAAGAGCUCUGUGACAGACCCCUUGGUGCUGCUGACUAUUUUGGAUUGUUCAAGAGCUUUCAUACACUGGCUCUUGAGGGAGUGCCAAUUUUCGGAGUCCACAACAGGACAGCAGCAUACCGGUUUGUUACUCUAGUUGAUGUGAUGUAUGAAAACAAAGCCAGACUGUUAUGUACAGCUGAGGGGACUCCUGUCGAACUUUUGGAAAGGAUCGUCACAAUCGCCGAUGCCGAAAAGAUUGCACCGAGGACCUCUUCAAGAUCAAGGAGAACCGAUGAUUUGGAUCUUUGCGUGGACAACGAGUUAGGGUUUGCAAAGGAACGCACUAUUAGCAGGUUAACAGAGAUGAAUAGCAAAGAGUAUUUGGAGCAACACCACGUGAUGCUAGUCGAGAAACAGCAGGUGCUGGAAGAUGCUAAUGCGGGGGCUUUACGCGCUUGACAAGGAAGAACAAACCAUUGGUUCAGCUGCCAUGGAGAUGGGAUUGGUUUUAGCCGAGCCCAAAAUUAACUCCCACUUCCAGUCACUGUUAUGUAGCUCCCCACCAAAUUCAGAUAGAAUAAAGACUAUUUGGGGAAUGAAGUUCGUUUUUCUUUUUUGAAAUUCAUAUCCUCUUAGUUCCAAACAUAGCAUCAAUGGAAGAAGGGAAACCAGUCGAAAAAAAACAAGAACCAAAAGUUAAGGAAUUUCAUGGGACACAACUAGGCAUUUCCUCAGUUCAUUAACCAUGUAAGCAAUGCAUGCAGAGCACCAAAACCAGUCUGGAGUUACUAAUAUACUUUGUGCAGUUACAAGCACUUCACCCUCUGAAA